GCAGCUAAUGCAAAAAUAAACGGGAAGAAACAGAAGGACAGAAGACAGGUAGAAGGUGCUAUAUAAUAGCAUAAAAUGCAAAGAAAUUAUUUAGAGGAAUAAAGUGAUGCGCUUACAUGGAACAGCAUCUUUAAUGAUAUUCAUCCAGUUGCAGGUGUACUGGCAUAUUUGCCAUGCUAGAAGAGUAUUUACUUUUGUUUGGUGUAUUAGGAAUUAUGACAUUUCUGUUCAUUUCGGGGUAUUGUGCAGAAAUUAAAAUAUGAAAGAAAUAGAGUUGAAUUUUCUUUUACUCUUAAUAAUGACAGAAAGACGGACGGAGGGGCAGGCAGAGGAAUAUAACAAGGAGAAAUCGUACAGCCCUCAAAGGCGGCGUGUAGAGGGGGAUCCACAAGAUGUGCAGCAUAAUAAAACCAGACAUAUAGAGAGAAAUGUACAGAAAGAAGCGGGUGAAGAAGCAGCAGAUAGAGAGAAGAGCGAUGGUGUACACCAAGCUCCGUGGGAGGAUGUAGAGAAAGAAGAAAGAAGGCGAGAAAGAAGGAUGAAAAAACAGAUAGAAAAGGCAAUGAGAAGGGCUGAAAGACGCAAUGAAAGAAAACUAAAGCGAGAAAUGGAUGCUAUUAAAGAAGCAACAGAGAGGAAGCCAAGUGAUGAAAAAAGUGCAGUAUCUAGUGGGCCUGCUUCUCCGCUGUUAUUGCAGAAGAGUAUACGGGGUCCAUUUCGCAUGGAAGAUGAAUCUGAGGCACAGGAGUAUGUAAGCCUAGAGGAAAUACAAGAUCUUUCUAUACAUUACUCAGAGAGUGGGCCGCAAGCACAGGAAUAUAAUGGCUUCGGUGAGAUAGUAAGUAACAGAGAUGUUUCUCCGGAUGCAGUGGACAGCAGCCAAGGCGGUGCAGUAUACAGCGGAGUGUCUAAUAUAGAAAAUGCAACAAGCAGUAUUUUCAGCGCACUUGAGGGCAUAAGUAAUAGCACAGAAAGUGAAAGCAUAGAAAGAGCUCCCGAAGGUAUAAAUGAUACUUCUGGCCAUAUGGGCGGUUCUGCUAAUACCAGUGCGCAAAGUGUGCCUGUCAUCAUUAAUGAUGCAUCAGAUGGGAACAUAUCCAUUAUAGCACAGAAAGUACCACUGACAUCGCAUGCAGCCUAUAGUGGUUCACUGUCGUAUUCUGAUACCUCGGGUACAGUUCUUGGCCUUGCUGAUACAUCUGAUGAUCGGUCUGAUUCAAUUCCCUCUAUAUAUACGUAUCUUAUGGCAAAGUAUAAAGUAGAGCAGGAUGAGAUUAACAAAUUAAGGCAAGAAAUUCGGCCAAAAAGAGUGUCUGUGGCGUGCUCUGUGCGCAUAUCGCACUGGGCAAACAAUAAGCACAUGAAAGCACUGGGGCAUGACAAAGAAGUAAUUACAGAGUCUAUAGUAUCCGCAGAUGAGAGAAGCGUGCAGAACGAGGCAUAUAUUCCGCACCGAGAGCCCGCAAAGAUAGUAGAGUAUAUGUACACCGACACAAUAAAGGACAUUGCUGCGCGGCACAAUAAUAACAUGAAAGUGUACAUCUAUGCAGGAGACGAAGAAAAGCUAAAAACCGCGUUUUUAAAGAUAGGGAAGAACUUUAAGGAGAUACGGAAAGAGUAUCUUCCAGAAUACUCAUCAAAAGAUGUAGUUAAAAUCUAUUAUAAAAUGAAAUAUAAGCUGCGGCUGAAAGACUGGUCUAUGCGGGAUACAAGAAAGAUACAGGACAAAGACUUAGCAGAGAUAAUAUCAAGAGAGUGGACAGCGGCAGAGAAAGAGGCAUUCCAUAAUUUAUAUGAAGAGCUAGGAAAGAAGUGGAAAGAAUACUGCCAGCACAUUCCAGGAAAGAGAGAGAUAGACAUGAGAAUAUAUUACCGUUACUACAAGAAGAUGCAGAAAAAGGAAGUACCAAAAAAAAAGAGAAGAGAGAGAAAGAGGGGAAAGAGGAGGGUGAGUGGCAGGUACAUGAAAGACAAACGUUUGCUCUGCUGUUUCCGCAUAUAGGAAAGAACUGGAGUGUACUUGCAAAUUAUAUUGUAACAAAGACAGCUGCUGAGAUAAGGAGCUACCACAGAGUGUACUACAAGCACUUGAGGGCGGGAGAAAGGAUUCUUGAAAUAUAUUUAAAGGACAUAGGAGAAAAGCAGAUCAGGACAGACCCCCUAAUACUUCAUGAAAGGUCUGGCUAUCAGCAGCAGCACAGCAGGCAUGCAGGCGUACUCUUUUCAUGUAAAUAGUAUUAUUGUCCGGCUAUAAAGUAUCCCACAAGUAAAUACCUAGUGCAGGUAUUUAAUAAAGGAAGAUGGAAUAGAUGGCUAAAAAAUAAAAAUACGCACCUACCCCAAAUAUCUCUCGCAAUAUGGAAGAGAGUGCCCAGCUAGAUAUUAUGGAUAUUUAAGCAUUGCCCAUAUGAGAAUUCUAUUAUACACGGAGUAUUUUAAUUUUCAGGGGUUUACUGCUAGUGGUGUAGAUGGGUUUUAUUAUUUCUUUCUUGGCCAUCUUUGGCUAUUCUGCAGUAUGCUAUGAAUGCUUUUUAUAUGUGUAUACAGCUAGUAGUCAAUUAUUGGAGCAGGACAGUAUUAAUACAAGCUAAUGCAAAUCUUCUAUCCGCGCGCAGUGGCAAUAUAAGA